AUGUAUGAAGCCUUUAUUACUCUGGACAAAGCAGAUCCGUUGCCGCGGUCGGAGGCAGCCGCAGAGUCGGACACAAAGGAAAGACAGAUCUCGACGCACGGUGAGUCCUGCAGCUGGAGGCUCAGGGCCGUGGGUUUGAUGGACGGGCUUUGGAGUCUAUCCAAGCUGGAGCUGGGUAAAAACCGUGGCUGCGUCUGUCACUCACACCUUCAGUUCUGCUGCUCUGCCUUCGCUUUGGUAACUGCACAUCAGCUCCUGUCGACCAUGAAGGAGACCGACACCAGAGAGAGCAAACACCAGCACCGCAGGGAGAAUAUGGGUGAGGGCUCUAACUUCCUGCAGCUGGGCGCCUCCAUCGAGCAGCAGAUCAACGGCAUGUUCAAGUCCUUCACCGACACCAGCUACUUCCUGUGGGAGCUCCAGGACGUGCUCUCUUUCGACAUGUCCGCCGACGGCCUCAGCGACCUCCGCGCCCGCCGCCUCCUGCAGCAGAUCGAUGCCCAGGUCCUGCUGGUCUACUGCUCCCACGAAGAGGCCCAGUACCUGUUCGCCAUGGCCAAGGACGUGGGGCUGGUGGGGCCGGGCUACAUUUGGAUUAUCCCCAGUUUGGCGGUGGGGAACCCGGACAUCGCCCCGCCGGAGAGCUUCCCCAUCGGGCUCAUCAGCAUCAUCACGGACCGCUGGAGGAUGAGUCUGAGGAAGAGGGUGCGAGACGGAGUGGCCAUUGUGGUCAAAGGGGUUCAGAGCUUCAGGAAGCAGCGAGGGUUCAUCCCCGAAGGACACAGCGACUGCCACAGCCCGGUCAAACCAGCCGUGACCAACGAUACUCUGUUCAGGUGA